CCCGUAUCUUGUCCCGCGCGCGUCGUCCGGCAAAUGUGGUGGGUCCUCCUCGUGGCCAUUGCACGCCUCGCGUCCGGUGCAGGCUUUGCCUCGUGCUAUGACGCAUUGCUCGGUUGCGCUGUCUGCAGCACGUUUGCCGAGAUCGUUGGCGACGCGACUUGGAGCAAUUCUCGAGUGUCCGACGAGACGUCGCCGGCAGCGUGCGUUGCAUCAUGCAGCAAGAGCCAUUGCGACUGCUUGGCUCGGAACGGCUCGGUGUUUUGUGGUCGCGUCUCGAGCUUGCGUCCGACGGUGCAUAAGGUUGCGCUGCAGCAUUCGCUGGAUGUCGGCACGGUGCUGACCAUCGGCAUUGGCGAGAGAGCGAACGGCACAGUUGUUCUCUCGAGCCCCGCUGCGAGCGACCUCACCAUCACGCUUGGUGCUACGUUUAUAUAUGUUGACGCUGCACCAGCGUGGACGGCGGCAAUCUUGGUGCCAGCGCUGCUGCAGGGUCGGGCACCGCUGACCGUGGCGUUCCAUCGACGCUCGUGGAGGCUGUCCAUGGCCAACGUCGUUCUUGGCAUUUUACCAAGUCCAACCACGUACAUUUACGACCACUUGCUGCAUGACACACCGAUCACGCUGCACCAGCCCCCACCACUCGACAGCUUCGGUGAUCGAAUAGCGAUGCUCGAAACGUCGGCACUGCGCUGCUCCCGCGCCUGUGUCGCGCUGCAAACCUGCUCCGCGUGGAGCUACACGGCACCCACCUGUGCGAUGAGCCAGUACCCAAAAGCCAGGACGGCGCCUGCGUCACACAACUGCGCAUUGCUAUCGGCUCCCCGGAUCGCCAACGUCACCGGCGGUGCGUUUCGCCUCAUCCUUCCAGACGACGACAGAGACUUCUGUCAGCGAGCGCGCAUCGGGUACGAGCUGCAGCAGUGGCGGCUCGGGCGCUGGGAGCGGUGCCAGAUGUACACGGCGCACACUGCGUCUGCCCUCGUCACACGUGACGCGAUCAACACCCGGCUCCAGCCCAGUACGACGUAUACUUGGCGUCUGGUUGCGCAUGAAAUGCUGGCGCGCAAUUCGACGUCGAGUGUCACCUUUGCCGUGCGCACAGCUUUGGCAGGCUGCCCGGCGACGCGCCCCCGGUUGCGAAUUCUCCACGUCUUCGCCAGCACGGUUCGCCUCCGCGUACUGUUUCCACUCGACCUCAACGGGGCUCAACCGCACACGCUGCUCGUGCAGCUGCAGGCGCAUAAUGGCACGAUGCACACACAGACGUUUGAUGCGCACACGCAAGAGAUCGCGCUGCACCACCUCGACGCGGAAUCGAACCAUGUCGUUCGAAGCGCGCUACAGCUCACGGAUUGCGCGCUUCGUUGGAGCUCUAUUGUGGCCUUCUCGACGCCGGCACCGGCUUUGCCCAGUAGGGUUCGCGACCUUGCGAUUGCAGACUCGUCGUCGACCACACUGAAUGUGACGUGGCGCGCCCCGUUGAGCUCGGGUGGCGUACCGCUCCAUGCCUACGUUGUGCGAUGCUGUCUCGUCUCUGCAUUACGCAGUGACGCAGAGAUCACCGAGCACGUCUCUGCCGACACGAUGCAGUUGCAGCUCACAAAUCUCGUGGCCAACUCGACCUACAACAUCACGGUGCACGCCGUGAACCGUGCUCGCUUGGUCGCGUCGACAUUUAUCAUGGCGUCCACGCUGGCGCACGACAACAUCGAGAUGGACGUUGCCAAUGUGACGUGUCGAGCGCGCACCGGCGGUAGUUUGCUUCUAAAAUGGUCGGUGCCAAGGAACGCAAGCGGAGGCACGUAUGUUCUCACGUCUCCGACGACCAGUGUCGAGCUGCCGUGGACAACAAAUUCCAUGGUCGUCUCGCACAACGUGUUGAUCUCAACCGCCAUGACGUUCACCCUGCAAUGCGUGCGCUCAAAUCGCAUACGUGCGUCGACACUGAUUACGUGCGAGACCGUCGCAGCGACGCGCCCAGCGGCCACGUCGGCGCCAACUCUACUUCGCGUGUCGGGCGGGCGCAUCACGGUUGCGACGACACCACCGAGCGACACGGGUGGUGUCCCGCUACUCGCGCACGCAGUUGUAAUUCGCUUGGCCUCGGAAGCGCGGACCACACGCAUUGAUGUGCCGCUGGCAUCAACUAUCGCAAAGAUAUCAAAUUUACGGCCCGAGAUGACGUACACGGUAGCGUACCAGUCGCAAAACCGCAUGGUCGUCGUCAUCUGCCCAGGAAAUUAUCUCACGUCGCUGACGUUGUAG